CACUACCCAAAAAAACACGACUGCCUUAAAACCAUGAGCAUCAACAAAACCUUCUUCCUCUUUUGGCUCUCUGCUUUUGCCAUCGCACUUGUUUCCCUAACACACUCUCCCCAUGUCAUGCCUUCUUCCACCACCUCUGCCAAUAUUGCCAGUUACACUCAGACUAGCCCGAAACUUGAUUUUCUCAAAAGGGUCACUGACCGAAGUGACGUAGACACCUUUUCCGCCUUCGUGGAAAGGAUUGCGCGAAAAGCGACUAGGAGGCAUCACCGGAGGAGGAAGCGAAAGACCACAUGUGAUGACUCCAAAUGGAACUCCAGGCUGAUACCGUAUUACAAUGUGUCCCUUGUACUGACAGUUGAUUUGAACGGCUGCGCGAAUUUUAGCAGCGUGCAGAAGGCGGUGGAUGCUGCACCCGAUUCGAGCGUUUCUAGGACCCUCAUCGUAAUCUUUCCAGGCACAUACAGGGAGAAAGUAACGGUGCGUGCUAACAAGACGAAUUUGAUAUUUCAAGGUCUGGGUUAUCUCAACACAUCCAUCGCUUGGAACGACACUGCUAAUUCUACCGGAGGAACUAUCUACAGCUCAACUGUUUCCAUCUUUGCUGACAACUUCACUGCUUUCGACAUAAGUUUUCAGAAUACAGCUCCUGCACCGGACCCUGGUGAAGUGGGAGCUCAGGCUGUGGCCCUGAGGAUUUCGAGUGAUCAAGCUGCAUUUUAUGGCUGUGGAUUCUAUGGAGCCCAAGAUACCCUUAACGAUGAUCAUGGCCGGCACUAUUUUAAGGACUGCUUCAUCCAAGGAUCUAUCGAUUUCAUUUUCGGAAAUGCUAGAUCACUCUUCGAGGGCUGCACGAUAAAUUCCAUAGCGAAAGAAAUCCCGGAGGAGAAAAGCGGAGCCAUCACGGCCCAAGGGAGGAAUUCGAUGAACGAGAACACAGGGUUCUCAUUUGUCGACUGUAACAUUGGCGGGAGCGGGAGCAUUUGGCUCGGGCGAGCAUGGGGCGCUUACGCCACCGUUGUGUUCUCCAGAACCUACAUGACAGAGGUUGUGGCCUCGGACGGAUGGAACGACUGGAGAGACCCUUUUAGAGACGAGACUGUCUUCUUCGGCGAGUAUGAGUGCAUGGGACCCGGAGCAAACGACACAUACAGAGUCUCAUAUCGGAAGAAACUGAGUCCAUCUGAAGCAGCAAUUUACAUGGAUGUUUCGUACAUUGAUGGAGAAGAAUGGCUUCUUAAUAUUCCAAGAAGCCAUUCAAACCCUAUAGCCCCAGACACAGAGGCGUCAUUCAAUCUUGCUAGCAUCUGAUUACAAUGUCCAAUACUAGUAUUGCACACAAGAGGGGAUGGAGAAAUCUAGUACUGCAUAAAAAUAUCAUUUAGUAUAGGAGAAGAUAAGAUAUUAUAUUGUGAUAAGUAUAUAUAAAAGGAAUA